GCUGGUCGCGUUCGCGCUCGCGCAUUCUCGAAUUCUCGCAGUCUCGUUCAGUAUUUACCAGCCGCGAGUGUGAUCCGUGCUGUUCCGUGAAUCUAUGCGUUUUUGUGCCGCCCGGAGCGUCGUCGUCUCGCUGGAUAUUACGGAUGCGUCGCGCAGAACAUGCACAUUAAUGACAGAUUCGAGCGAUAAAGCAUCCAGAGCGCGAUGGAGUCGCGCGAGGCGAACGGCUCGACGGGGCAGCUGUCCAGUGGUGGCAGUAUCGGUGACGGCGUGGGCGCGACCGGCAUGCACCACUCGCACUCGACGCCGGCAGGCGUAGACGGCGUCGGCGGCGGAUCGCGCACCCCACCGGCGACGCCCAAGAAGGGCGGCAAGAUGCUCGCGAUACGCGUGCAGAUGCUCGACGACACCGUCACCAUAUUUCAAGUGCAGGCAAAAGCCCUUGGACAAGUCUUGUUUGAUCAAGUAUGCAAGCAACUGCACUUGCUCGAGGCCGAUUACUUUGGCUUAGAGUACACCGACAUGUCACACACCAGAGUCAGAUACUGGCUGGACUUACAAAAGCCUAUGUCGCGGCAGCUGGGUUUAUCGCUGGUGGACCCACUACUACAGUUUUGCGUCAAAUUCUACACGCCGGAUCCUGGACAGCUGGAGGAGGAAUACACGCGUUAUCUGUACUGUCUGCAGGUGAAGCGUGAUCUAGCAAUUGGGCUAAUGCACUGUAAUGAUAACACGGCCGCGCUUAUGGCUAGUUAUAUCGUGCAGGCCGAAUGUGGUGAUUAUGUUGCUGAGGACUAUCCUGACCACACAUACCUCUCCUCUUAUAAGUUUGUGCCACAUCAGGAUCCUGAAAUGGAGAGACGCAUUAUGGAAAAUCACAAAAAACACGCAAGUCAAUCCCCAGCAGAAGCAGAUUUAAAUCUUCUUGAAACUGCGCGACGUUGCGAACUCUACGGCAUCAAAUUGCAUCCUGCAAAGGAUCAUGAGAAUGUGCCGCUGAAUUUAGCUGUCGCACAUAUGGGCAUCGUGGUUUACCAGCAGAUUACUAAGAUCAACACGUUCUCCUGGGCGAAAAUCAGAAAACUGUCUUUUAAACGAAAAAAGUUUCUGAUUAAACUUCAUCCCGAGGGAUACGGUUAUUAUAAAGAUACAGUCGAGUUCUUCUUCGAGGGACGCGACGAGUGUAAAAACUUUUGGAAGAAGUGCGUGGAGAAUCACGGCUUCUUCCGCUGCUCCACGGUGCAGUACGUUUCGAGGCAUAAGACACGCGUGCUGUCGCGCGGCAGCUCGUUCCGCUACAGCGGCAAAACGCAGAAGCAGAUGGUCGAGUUUGUGCGCGACAAUUACGUGAAGCGGCAGACAUUCCAGAGGUCGGCGUCAUUCCGCCACUCUAGCGCGCAUUUGAACGCCAACAACAAGAACACCAGCUCGGUCGGAAACAGCAUUUCCGCCCAUCCCCUGUUGCCCCUUGCCGACAGCAAUCUUAGCGUGGAAGUGUCCAAACUCUCGGCGUCGCUGGGUGCGAUGGUGCCGCCGGCAACGUCGGCGUCGACGACGGCGGUGAGCUACCCGCGCGCGACGGGGCGAACUUCUCCGACGACGAGGUCAGCUUAUCACCACCGCGGCACUCCUACGUGCUGGAGUUCGGCCCCCGACACCAGGCCUACCACACUGCCUGCUCGGAUGACGAGCUCGCCAUCACCUCCUCCGACGACGCGAUCGGGCUCGCCGGCGAUUUCUGCGGCUACGAGCCCGCAGCGUACGGUGGCGGCGGCGGUAGCGGGCCAUUCGCCUGUGGCCGUCCGCGCAGCCGUUCACAGGGCCGAUAUAGCAACAGGUACACCACACCCCACGCACCACAUUACUACCCGGACGCCCUGUAAUCGUCCGCCGUCACAGACGCAAUCGCAAAACGACAUCGAUCACGCGGUACCCCCACACCCCCAAUUCCAAUCCGACUUUAGCGCUGAGGUAGACGAUGUAUGCACCUCGGAAGCCGCCGCUCUGCCGCACGUAAAGCGGCACGUGUGGCGGCGCAGCGCUAGCUGCCGCGAUUUAUACGACUUUAGUUUUGAAGACUCUGGGCAAGCAAAACGCCGCGUUAAACCCGACCAUCUCGUGAUUGUUUCUAACUCGGGGGCGGCGGUAGCGCAUGAACUUACGUCCCAUCUGGACGAGCGCAAGCUCGAGUCUCCGGUCACACGUUACGGCGACGAUCACAGGGCAAUCUACGCGAGUUCACAAAAUACUAGCUUAGAAAUCCAUCAAGACAUCAUGAUGCCGGAACAGAAAGUCUAUUCGAGUAGUUAUCCCGGCACCACCGCAUACUCGCAGGAGUCUAUGGAAGAUCCCGGCAAUUACGAGUUGCGCGACUCUCAGGACGAUGUGUCACAUGACAGCUACGACCUAAUUGAGCGCUCCGAUGACGAGUGCAGCACGUCGGGCGACUCGAAAUAUGCAAAGGUGAAGGGCGUCGGGACCACUCGAAGUUGUAGUCUCGAUUCAGGUCGGUACAUACCCUCUGACAGUGAUUCGGAGGCAGAUAAGCACCUUAAGUGCAAGAGUUCCGAGGAUAUCCAUCCAGAUAUUUUUGCGAUGGAAGAUCCGAGGGACUUUCCGCGCGAGAUCGUACCGCGUAAAUCGGACGGAUCAUUUUAUAAAAAUCUUAAGCCUAGCUCGCGUACGUCUAGCCAGGAAUCAAAAUCUGACUAUUACGAUACGCGUCCGGUGUGCAAAAAGCGUCGCAGCAUCGGUUCGCGUACCUCAAGUCAGGAGUCGAAAUCCGACUACGAAACUAAAAAACAUACACAUAGGCGUAAAUCUAAUCUUAAAUUUGACUCACGGCAGUCUUCGGCUGAGUCGAAGAGUGAAUAUUAUGAUGCUCCAGCUGAACCUAAGUCUCCCAAACAGGACUACGACAGACAUAUUCAAUUUGAACGUAAUUACGGUACCGGUACCCAAAAACAGCGCCAACACGAUAAUUCUGAAAUCAAUCGAAAUUAUUCCCACUUUAAGGAAACUUCUCAUGUGCACUCUAUAAGUUUACAAAAUGUCGAAACAGAGCAGAACAUACGCGCGAAUCGAAUGGCGGCUAAUUUAGAACAGAAUACUGUUCCAAGGGCACAGAAACGUACACAAAGUGAUUCUGCUGAUCGCAGAAGUAUUACGCACAUUUGGCCUGAAACCAUCGCUGGAAUUCCAACGCAAAUUCAGGAUUGGACUGCCAAACAACAGAGCACUAAAUCUACCGAAUCAGAAAGUAACAUUUUUAGUUUUGACGAGGAACGUAUCAAAUCAAUGGAGGAGAGCGAUGAUUACGCAAUGGUUCCAACUUUGCCACCAAGAGAUAUACCGUCGCAGAGAGAUUCAGACAAGAAAAAUUAUCGCGAUGUUUUCGUUGAGAUUGAGCCUAGAAAGUUGGAUUUGAAAGAUUCAAUGAUGCACCAGCCCAUUGAACGUACAAAAAGCGAUCCUAAUAAUUUAGCUUGGCAACGUUUGAAUUCGAAUUCUAGACGUAUGCUCCUCAAACAUCAAAAGUCUAUUGAUCUCACUCCCGCCGAAUCCAGCGAUGAAGAUUACCUCUAUAAACAAAUUCCUAGCGCUCCUCCAAUAAUGAAAUAUCGCGGAAAUAGUACUCAUUUUGAAAUGCCCACUGCCGAAUUUGGACAUUUUGACAUUCUAAAACGCGAAGUAGAAGGACAAAAGACACGGUUUGAAGUACCCAAAAAACAGUUUGAAGUUUUGGGCGCAAAAACUCAAUCAGAUUUUAUUAAUUUACCUCCUAAGAGCGAAACGGACAUUCCGUAUGUUUUGCAUAAAAGACACGUCAUGAACGGAACCUCUAAAGAGGAACCAGUUGACAUUCGUAGAGUUCCUGAUGUUGUAGAUUUUGAAAGUCAAAAGAAACCUAAAAGUCCCAGUGCGACUGAGUUGCCGCCAGUACCAACCUCAACUUCAUUUUUAUUUACGCAGAACAUUGAUUUAUCUAAAGUUGAUCCUGUCACGUUAGAAAUUGACAAAACUGCAAAACCUAUCCAUCAUCUUUCUAGUCCCAAGAGAGAUAUCACUCGAAUUGAUCCUGCAAUCCUCGAAACGUUGAAUUCAAAAUUAAGUCAAAUUGAAAGUGAUAGUCCUACAAGUAGUCGUACAGAAAGUUUAAAACCUGCUCAGAAAAUUAAAGCGCUUCAACAAAUUGAAGAAGUUCCCUCGAGAAAACCUGAAAUUGUUGGAGUUAAACCUAAAAUUAACGUAGAAAAACCUCCAGUUGAUAAGAUUAAGACAGAUAUUAAGCCUAAGCGAAUAAUUAAAUCACGAAUGCAGCCGGGGAAGAAGUUUAAAGGCAAUAAAACAAAAGUACGCAUUACUUCGUUCAGUUCUGACGAUGAAUCGCUUGAUUCCGAUGAUGUUUUUGGCAGCGCUGAGGCCACGCCCACCAAACUGGAAUUUUCACCGCCUCAGAUGCGGAAAGAGAUGGAGUCGAUUUUAAAGUACGAAUCAGAACGCAAGUAUCUGCAAUAUACAAUGUCGUCUACUGAGGUAGAAGGAUCGCCUCCUACCACACGGCGAACGGAUACAUUAUAUUGUAGAAAUGAGGAACAACCUGAACUUAGACGAAUUUCCGAAAGAUCUUUGUCCAUUCCAAGUUCUGAAGAUGACUUUAACAUUAAAGUCUCAGACCUGCCAGCUGUGUUUGAACCUGAAGAUCAGGAACAUGAUCAUGAUGAAGUUACUCUCACAUUGGAUACAUUAGAAGAGGUUGAUAAGGAAGCAGAUAAGUCUAUUGAAGAUACUGUGACAGUUGAAAUGACUGAACAGGUUACUAUUCAGGAGUUUCUUAAAGAAGAAGAUUUAAAGGAAAUUGAUGAAGAAAAGGAAAAGGAGAAAGCACAACUUUUAGAAGACAUUGAACAGGAUAUUAGAGAUUUAAAGGUACCAGCGAAAACAAAGAUUACUGAGAUUUGUUCUCCGACAUCGAGAAGAAAGGGUCAGAGUCCUAUGUUGUUUGCUCACGCGAGAUUAAAUCUUUCAGAAGGUUCCGCGUUCUCUUUAUUACAGAAACAACAGGCGCUUGAAUCCCCAGUCGCUGGUCGGCGAGCUAAAUCAUUGGACACACCUGUUAUUUCUGUGAAUCGACUACCACCUUUAAAUUCCUUCUCGAGUAAAGAUGAUACUGUAGAGGAGGAAGAUGAUUUACCAGUUAAGGAGUUACCUGAUAUUGAAAAUGAGGAAUUGCCGAAGAUACCUGAGGUUGUUGCUAAACAACCACAACCAUUACCACCUUUAGUGACUAAAGUAGAAGAUAGGAAACCUACGGUUGUAAAAGCUACAAAGAAAGUUCUCCCUGCUAAGCAGAAGAGCAUUGAAAAAGACCAAAUUGUACCUGAUGUCUCGAAAACAAAAAAGACCACGAGGGCUGCAACGGCAAAAGUUAAACCUACAGUUAAAACGAAAACUACUGUUACUCCACCGAAACCAUCUACCACCAAGACGGUUGCUACUGCACCGAAAGUGAUCAAAAAAGCAACGACAACUGUCACCACAACGGUUACUUCUAACACUACUACCACAUCAGCUCGGGUGGCCACCUGCAGCUGCAACUGCAGCAAAACCACCCGUUGCAAAGGUCAAACCUAUUCCCCUAAGAGUUUAUCUCUUGAGAAGGUUAAGGAUCCCGAAAAGAAACCGGAACCUGUAAUAACACAGAAAUCAUUACCAUCUCAGAAUUCAUUGCAGUUACCUGGGCACGAAAUUAAACGUACGAAAAGUCAAGAGUUGGAAUCCAGUAAGCGACCGGUCACGAAAGAAAAAGCAAAAUCAUUGGAGAAACUGGAAUUUAAACGAACAUCCAGUAAAGAGCGAACUAAAUCUCAGGAUGAAGAAGUUGACAGUGCUAAACGAAAGGAGUAUCAACAAAUGUUGUAUGAAACUGCUAUUAAACAAACAAAAACUGUGAAAAGUCCCGUUAAAGAUAUUAUGCCGGUAUUUCCGCAAGUUGAGGAAAUGGUCCGGGAACGCGGUGGAAAGCUUGAAAUCUCAAUUAAUACUAUUGAAAAUACUGGAGUAAACCUGGAAGAAGCCAUAAUCAUCACAAAAUCUCCGAAGAAAUUGGACAAAAACUUGGAUCAGAAACUUACGAAAAGUUUAGAGCUGACGCUUGGUGAUGAUGAUGGGGUAGAAGUCAAUGGGAAAUCGAUGCAACGACUUGGGAAAUCCUUAGAUUUAGAACCUCGGAUUCCUUCUUCUGAACAUUUUGACUUUAAAAAGGAAACCAUUGAGAGUAUGAAUAUGCACGCGUCUCCUGAUAGUCCUCAAGUUGGUGAAGUUGUGGAGGAAGUGGUUGAAGCAGAUGUUCAUACAUCGGAGCCAUUAGAUACAGAUACAGAAGAGACCUUACAGGAUACCGAAGCUACUCAAUUAGUAUUAGAGGGUACUAGUUUAGAUGUUUGGAUUUCAGUAGAUGGCACACAAGAAAUUGCACCUCCGAGAGGAUACGAGUUUGAUCCUCAGCUUGAAUUAGAUAAACCGGAAUUGCUAAAAGAUAUAACCAUUUUGGAAAAGUCGACGAAUUUUUUUGAACCAUCCACUGUCAGUAAACCCCCAGACUUAAUAAGAUUACAAGAAACUAAAAGUAGUUCGAGUUCGCAGAGUAAUGAAAGAUUAAGUCUUGGGAACUCUUUGGAGAUGAAGUAUGCUGAUGAGUCCGGUGAAUCUUCCCAUCGAUCGGACUCAGCGUUUGUGCAGGAAUUGAAAAAGGCUUCUCAGACAGUGGAGAAAUUACUUAUGAAGAAGUUGGCAAAGCGCAGACAAGCAGAAGAGGCAAAGGCUAAAGAAAUUCCGGAAGAAAUGGAGCCGGAAUUACACGAGCUGCAACAGACAUUAGUUCGAAUUACGAGCGAAGACGAAUCAUUAACUUCUGUCAGCGAUAUGAAGUUGGAAUAUCAGGAUAUGAACUUUUUGGGUGUGGGUAAUGAUCACAAGGAUGCUUUGCUUAAAUUGAGUAUUGAACGCAGCCGAUCUGAAGAUACGGGUUCCUGGAUGACAGUGGAAUGUGACGAGUACGUCGGACAGGAGAGUUUUGAGUAUGAUAAUGCAGAGAAUCUUAGCAAACAGGCGACUCCUACGAAAGACGUGGCAAAAUCUCCCACCACUGAUGAACCAAAGAAUCUUCUUACUGCGCCAACCCAAAAUAAAAAGUUAGAGAUUUUGAAAAGAUCGAGUGAUCAGUCUCGUUCCAGUGACACUGGAUCAUGGACUAGUGGCGAGAAAGAUCUAUCUCCGGGUAAAACCGGUGAUGAAUCUAGUGUCAGCUGCUCAAUCGGUUUUGCAAUUGGCCUGAGUCAAACCAUCGAAAAAUUUUCGACCAAAGAGCAGCUGGAUAAAUCUUCUCCGGAGUUAGAACCCAGAAGUCCUAGAAGUCCACGCUCUCCAAGAAUUUGCGUUCUUGGUAGAACUUUUACCAUCGAUGAAGAUUUUGGCGUUAAAUCUGGGUCUAGUUCGGAAGGCGAUGUAGCGGCGGGAGGAACAUUAGAUUUGAGCGCAAUUCAAGAAGAAGAUGAUAGUAAAAAAAGUAAGAAACCUUAUCCGUUUGAAGAAAAAUGGUCCAAUGAGUCGGAAUUGACUCAAAGACUACAACAAAAAAUCACCAAGAAAUUAUCGUCUGAAAAGAACAGUUUGUCAUCCGUUGACGACCCUCUUUCGGACAGGAGACGUGGAGGUGGUUCCUUAGAGAAACCUUCGUUAAACUCUGUGGAUCGACUUAGUGCUGAAUCUCGAAACUCGGUAGAUACAGAAUCUAGUUCUGGUAGUUUUGGACUUGCAAAUAGAGGUGGAUUGAAUGAAAUGAGUUGUACCUGGAAACGUUUUCCAAUUGGAGAGUCUGGAUCAGCUUCUUCUAGUAUUGAUGAUGUUGACCCUGACUUUUAUGCUCAGGAAUAUUUUCUUAGCAGGGAGAGCUCUGCAGAUAUAUGCGGUCUUGAUGUGUUUACAUUAGAUCCUGAUGCAACACCAACAAAAGAGACAGUUGAUGACAACCUUGAUAAGUUUAAUUAUUUUCCACCUGAAUUCAACUCGUCCACGUAUAAUACACCAAACUUUUUAUCGCGGACAUUGUCUCGUAUUUCUGAGAGGAGUUCAAAUUCCGAGAAAACCGAUGAAGACUCGAUAAAAGCUUCGAUGAGUGAUGCCAGUCAUGAAGAAUCUAUUCAUCAGGGUACCAUUAGUUCUGGUUCCCCUAGUAAUGCACAGGGAAGCGAUAAGAAAGUUAAGACAUUGCCUAAACAACCAAGUAAGGAAAGUGAAAAGUUUGAGUUGCCAAAUAUGACCAAUUUGCUUCAAAGACAAAUCUCUGAUGAUCGACGGACUUCUGCCGAAAUGGCAGAGUUAUCAAUAGAUGACAUAGAGAUUAUUACCUCAGAACGAGGGCUUAGAUUAAAACGACAAGAUUCUGAUGAUACUAUAAUUGAUGAGGAUACAAACGAAAAACAAUCGUCUAGUAGUCAGGAGAGUGAUGAAUGGCCAUUACCUGAUAUACCAAUGCAACGACCUUUGAUGGCAAUGCAUGAGACACCAUCAUCUGAUAAUUCUACGCAGCAGACCACACAAUUAUUCCAACCACCUGUUGUUUUACCAGAUAUUCCAAAAGUAUUUGGUCUUAGGGGAAGUAUUGUUAGUCAGACAUCUGAGCAAUGGCCGAGUCCACCAUCUAGUGUGGCUGAUGACGGUGAACCAGCUCUACCUCAACCAACAACCGCGGUUAAAGUGGAAACACAUUAUAUUACUCCCCCUGAAGAAGCGUGUAAAGUAAUGGUAGAGUCUAACACACAAAGUUACGAAAACGAUUCCAAUUCUUUAUCUGAUAAAACUCUUGAGUAUGAAGUAGAUGAAGAAGAAAAGACUCACACAUAUGAAAAUGUUGCUACUGAUCAAAUAUCAGAGUCCAUUUCGGAAAGUCUCAGCGUGGGACCUAGUGGGGUAAAAAUUGUUCUAGAACCUAAGUCGGGAUCCAAUUCAAAUUCGGAUGAGUUCAAUGUUUCGAAUAUGCAAGAUGAUGUUUUUACAACAGAACAUCAGGCAUGCGAAUCUAGAAAUGAAUUACGUCCCCCAGUGAUGCGGCGUUCGACCACCUCUGAGGAUUCAUCACAUUCGGGUAAUAAUAAUCAGAGGAAAAAGUCGAAAUCGCAUAGUUCUUAUUCUGAUGAUGAUGAGGCGACUAGUUCCAUGGGAACAACUUUGGAAGAUGGUACUGUACGAUAUGCAUACCAGCCAACAAAAUGUACGCAUAGCAGUCAUAGUGAAGAUACUUCCAUUGCUCUAUCACUCUCUGAGUGGUCUAACAGUACAACUACUGUCAAGUUUCAAAAUUUGUCAACUAGUAAUAGCGGGAAGUCAUCUGGAUUAAAAUCCGAUGAUAAUUCCUUGACAGAUAUUGCGCAUUCCAUUUCCGAAUGGUCUAGUAGUAAUUCUAAUACGCUGAAAGCACAAAGCUUACAAUUUCAGAAACUGUCUUCUUCAACAGGGGACAGUAGUACUUUAACAGAUAUGAUGGGUAAGGAUUGGUCAACCGGGUCUGAAAACAUAAUGGCCCAAUCGCAAUUUUAUAGCACAGAUCGUUCUUCGUUGAGUAGAUUAGGCUCUAGCAUUGAGGAACCUGAGCUUGAUACAACGUCACCUAGAACAAUUGCUUCCGAAGAGCUGGCUAGAUUUGGACAUGUUAUUUCUGUAGCUCCAGUGUCAUUGAGCGAUGAGAAAUCUAGCAGUUCUCAAGAGCAGCGCACUGUCCACACUCAGCGUUACGAUAAAGAGAAACAAAAAUACGCGAAACACCAAUACCAACCCUCCGUUAAUUUACGCACAUCGUCUGUAGAUCGACCAGUGAAGGUACCUCUCAAACUCGCCAAAUGUUCACCGUAUUAUUCUAGUAGUUUAAGUUCAGAGUCAACGCCAAUGACAGUAACACAUCCGCUACCUAUGUGUAAAACUGCUACGAUUCCUCUAACAAGGACUCAUAAGAAACCUGUGGCGAAAGGUGCGUUAUUUCAGGCUAGAAGUCCACCUAGUGAAAACGAUUCUACUAGUAGUAUGGAAUCAGCAAAGUGUAAAUCUGAACCAAGACGUGGUUAUCGCCGACGACGCCAUACACCGCAAAAACGUCACAAGGUGGAUAAAGAUUGUACGCAUCUAAGCAAAGAUGAUUACUUUUACGUUGAUCCUGAAACCACAGAGUACAACGAAUACAUUCGUAAUCGAAGUUUUGAAGAACUCGCCUGCGGUUACCAAUACGAACACAUGCAGGCAGAGAAUUUGGAAGAAGGGUACUACCCUGAUGGAGACUCACAAUCUGGGAGCGAUAUUUUUCGCAUGGAACGCGACGAGCCUGAACCACUCGAACCUGAAACUUUUGACGUGUCUUCUAUUCCACCACCUCUGAUUGAAGAUGAUUUCGAACAGAGGGAUGAUGACGAAGGUGCUGACAUAUGAUUCUAAACACAAACGAACGAAUUACUCACCAAUAAUAAUAAUAAUAAUAAUAACAAUACCAAAUAUAAAUGUGUCACACGUGGUGCACCAACUUUAUAAAAUUUUAUUCAUCACAUUUACCACCAAAGCAAACAUUGUUAUAUAUUAAUGUCUUUAUAAACGUUUAAAAACUCUAAAAAAGGCAAAGCUGAUGAGACAACACUGAUGGCUGGAAUGGACUACAAUCGAAAGCCUAAAAAGACUGAAGUAUAAUUAAAACAAUGCUACAUUUACAGUAUUAUAAACCGGGACGAAUUAAAGAAGAACUAAACGAGCAUCAUAAUAAUCAUAACUAAAACUCAUCGAUAUUAAACAACACACGAAUGCGGUAAUAUGCGAGAGGAAAAACUAUGCGGCGUAAACAUGUAAAAAAUAAUAAAAGAAGAAAAUAAUGUAAAUAUUGCGCGUAGUAAACGUAGAUUCACUGGCUGGACGUAUGAUUAUCAGUUUAGACGCCAUUUUGAAUCAAAUCAAUGAACAAUUUUAGUUUUAUUCAAACUAAAAUUGUGCUUCGAUUGAUUUUAUGUGGGGUAUAGAUGUAAACAAGGAAUUUAAUGCUGUAAUGCGUUUACGAGUAUACCGGUGCCUAAUUUAACUUUAAAUUGCGUUACAAUCAAAUUUGAUGUGAACUCGAAGAGCUGCUGCGUAACGUUAUUAGCACAACGCAAAUCGUAAUUGCGUGAAUCUUCCCUGGAUGCCUAAAGUUCGAAAAGUUUGUUCAAGUUGUUGAUGAUUUAAAAAACGUUUAUUUGAUGGAACUAAGUUCGUACUUUGUUGCUAGUUAACUUACACACAGAGUUUAUUACUAACUAUAAUAUAUACACACUACAAAGAAAAGAAAUAAUGAAACAAAUCGAAAUGUUACUAAUUAUAACCUCGGAAACAAGACAAAACUGAAAUCAAAUUACCUAGAUAUAAUUAAUUGUUAACGUGCGCGUAUUGAAAUAUUGAAAAUAUUAAAAGAAGGAGAAGACGAAAUGAAUAUUUAGAUCAAAUUCCAAAUUUCAACUUUAAGAUAUAUGAUAUGGUGGAACCUGAAAAAUUAAGAAUCAUGUAGUGAAAAUUAGUACACCCGAACAAUAAGUAGAAGAAAAACAAAAAAAAGUAACAAACACACAGUUAUGAAUUGUUUGUUUUAUAUUGAUUUUUGUUUUUCGCGUUAUUUAUUAUUCGAUUAUCAUGUGGAUUCAUUCACCCGAGUGAAUGUAUUGGUGCCCCUUUGAAUAACUUUAUUAUUAAUUAUUUAUUAAUUAUCUCAUGUGAUAUAUGUAUGUGCCAAACAACUCUCUCACUGAUUUGAAACCCACGAACGAUGCGAGUAUGACGAUUGAGGGCAAAUGAUUGAAACAAAAACAAAAGUUGUGCGUUUGUGAAACAUUGAAGUCGAUUAUACACACUCAACACAAAACAAACCUACUUGAUAAAAGAAAUGUUUAUAAAUGAAAACAAACCGAGUACAAUAUUGAUUAAAUCUAACGCUAUAUAUUAAUACAUUUAUUACGAUGAUGAUUGGAAAAGUCGUGUAAAAGGAAGAGUUGGUUUACAGCAACAUUCCAAAGCGUAACCCCCACACACUCACAAACAUUGUAUUCUAGUCAAUAACUAAUUAAUUAGGCGAUUAAUGAUGGGGUGACACGAUUACGUUUUUAAGUUAUGUUUGCGUUUUUGAACGGUUAGUGCGUGGAUUUCUAUAACCCGACAAAUAUUACGAUGCUAUAUUGUGUAAGUGAUGUAAUUGUUAAGUGAAGAAAAGACAUACGAGCGGCUGCAUUGCAUUUAACACUGAUAUAUUGAUAUAUUCGUAUUUAUGAUUAAAACCAGCAUUCGUUUCGAAAGCAAUUGAUUGAUUAUAUAUUUAAACGACGAGACAUUAUAUGAAAUAGUAAUCAAAUAAAAGAAACAAGCGUAUAAUUAAUACAUAUAUUAUAAAGUUAAUAAUUGUUAAAAUUGACGUACUAAACUACACUGAAUACAAAUGCGACAUGAUAAAUUCAGUCGAGUACGACUUGACAGUUAAAUUAAACGAACAGUAUUAAACAAGAGACACAAUAAAUGAGGACAACCCAAUGCUCAAAAUGAUUAUCGAAUUUAACCAGGGCCUAAAUGCUUUCAAUUUUCGGCGCGUACCGUUCAGUUACUCAUGUGCCAAACAACUUUUCAGUAUUGAUGAUAAUGCCAGCUACGUUUUGACUUUAUAUUCUUCAUUGUCGUGCUUGUUUGUUAUUAGCUCUUGCUCACACGUGCUCUCGAACAUAUAAUGCAUUUCAGUUGUUGAAUUCUAUGAAACCGAAUGUUUUAUUGAUUGAUUGGUUGAAAGACAUUCGAAAUAUGUAAAAAACACAAUCAAUAUUAAUAAAAAUCUCAUCAAUUUUUAUUGAA